AGAGAGAGAGAGAGAGAGAGAGAGAGAGAGGGGGCGGUGCGGUGCUCAGUUGACCUCCUGCACUUCUUCUCGGUGUUAGCUCUCAAUAAUUGUCGUGUACAUGCCUAAAGCGUGACAAUGAACUGGUUUAACUAGGUGACAGGAAAAAAAGGAUGCGUCAGAACACUUUCGGCAGGUCCCAGUUGUAUUAGAGGCGCGACUGGAUACGCAGCGACCGGAAACAAGGCCAAAUGGCCCGUUUCGAGUUCAAACGACAAGAAGCGUGACGAUGACUUGACGUGAACGAGCUCGCCAGCAAUAUGGCACGUCGCUCUCAAUGUUCCUCUGCUGGGGAUAAUCCCCUGCACCCUAACUACCUUCCUCCUCACUAUCGGGAAGAGUACCGCCUGGCAAUUGAUGCACUGAUUGAGGAAGAGCUGGAAGGAUAUUAUGAGUUUCUCCAAAAAGCAGAUGUGGUGGAUUUCCUGUCCGCACCUGAGAUUCAGUAUAUUCAGAGCUCAGCCCAGCUUCCUCAGCAGACCUCCUACCAAGAGCAAACUUUUCAAGAGAGUGGAGGAGACAGCUCCUCGGAUACAUACUGGCCAAUCCACUCGGACCUAGAUGCCCCCGGCCUGGAUCUAGGCUGGCCUCAGCUGCAUCUUUUUGGUGGCCCCACGGAGGUCGCCACGUUGGUGAACCCUCCUGAGCCUGACAUGCCGAGUAUCAAGGAGCAGGCCCGGCGACUUAUCAAGAAUGCUCAGCAGGUGAUUGCCAUAGUGAUGGACAUGUUUACCGACGUUGACAUAUUUGCUGAUAUUUUAAAUGCUGCCAUGAGACACGUUGCCGUCUAUAUUCUUUUAGACGAGCAGAACGUAGAUCAUUUCAUGAACAUGGUGUCCAACUGCAGAGUAAAUCUACAGAGUAUCCAAUUUCUACGUGUAAGAACUGUGUCGGGCAUCACUUAUCACUGCCGCUCAGGGAAAUCCUUCAAAGGACAGAUGAUGGAUCGCUUCUUGCUGACAGACUGCAGGGCCGUACUGAGUGGGAACUACAGCUUCAUGUGGUCUUUUGAGAAACUUCAUCGUUGUAUGGCACACCUUUUCCUCGGACAGCUUGUAUCGACUUUUGAUGAAGAGUUUCGGAUCCUCUUUGCUCAGUCACAACCAUUCUUGACUGAUGCGCCUUCCGCGACGGAAGACAUCGGCCUUUUACAAAAGAGACAAUACCCAAGUAAAAUAACUUCACUCAUGUACAGAGAGCCCAGAAAGUUGGUACCGAUGGACAUGUCUCAUACAGAGGAUUGGACGAAGCCAUCAUUUGAUGAACAAAUGGAACCUGACUGGAGAAUGUUGCACAUGAAGAGGGGCGGAUCUUUCCAUGGUCCUGCUGAUUUGUACAGUCGAUUUCCAUCACAGCAGUCAGGAACGGAGCAGCAAGGUCCCUCCAAGUUUCCCAUGAUGGAAAACCCUGCUUUGAAACGCCACAUUUUUGCUGAAGGUGUUCAUGGCAGGUACAAUUACCCAUUCGCAACUCAACCCACAGCAGACUUUGAGGCCCGGGGAAGGCUGUUUCACAGGGGGCAACAGAAAAAUGUGGGACCGGGUCCUGAAGUCGAUUACAAGGGCCCUGAGAAAUUCUGGAGCCAAAACUAUCGUGCUGCAGAGCAGUACUCUGAAUCGGGUUUACCACAAGAGAUGCAGCCAUUCGAUAACUUUGACCCUGUGCUUAACUAUUUAUCAUCCACCAAAAAUGUGGACUUUGAGCAGGUCUCAGAGAAAUCACAACCUGCUGCAGAUUUGCCUUUAAAUUUAUCUCAGCCCACUGGAGAUGACAAGCAGUUUUUCCAAGAGCCGAACACUGACCGCAAAGACCCCAUGGUCAAGCGGGGUUUAAGGAAUUGGCGAAUUAACUCCUACCUCAGUGCAUAUGAUAAUCCAGGAGAUGAAGGGCUGCCAUUGAUGCCACCCCAGGCAGGAGAUCCUUUUGAGGACCAAGCUAACCCCCUACCGUUAACAGUACCCGUCACAGAAUUCUCGAUUUCUAAAAUUCCAAAUGUCAGAGAGUUUAAGAUACCUGCCAUUCCAAGAGUAAGUCAGUUGCCAUCCUAUGCCAAAGCUUUUGCACAGGAACCCGAGCAGUCAACUAAAUUGCCACAAGAAAGUACUACUGUGCCAGCUGACAACAAAACAACACCAACCCCCUCAGAAUCAUCGUCAACAACUGAAGGGGAGAAAUUCGAAGAGGGAGAACAAAAGGAACCUAAUACUGCUGUGCGAAAGGAUGAGUCAUUUCGGAGAAAAUACAAUGCAGCAAUGCCAAGAAGCUCGAGGUUAAGAUCAUCUCUGAUAUUCAACUCUCUAGAGCAGCAUACAGCAGGGCAACGAGGUGACGAAAAUGGCAAAAAUGAGACUGAGCAGGCAAAACUACCUUUUGGUUCCCCGGUUUUGGGACGAAGGUUAGCUGCAAGAGAAUCUUUUGGAUGGACUCGUUACUUGAAGUCAUUUGACAGCUCUGUGCCUGAAGCCUCCAAACAAGAAGCAAACAGUAAAGCAGAGGAUAAAGAUUCAUCCAAGGUAGAUUCGAAGAAUUCCUCCGAAAAUCUUGAGGUAGAAGAACCAUUAAAACGUCCAGAUACUGAACAAGUAAAAGUAUCUCCAGCACCAUCCAGAUUGAAGCGGUCUGACUCUGAUGUGGCAAAAACCGAUCAAGCACCCAUGUCUUCGGCGAACAAUCUGUCGUCUGUCGAUAUGAGUGAUCCCGAUAACAGACUCAUGUUUUUCAAAGAGCUGGCAGCAAAACGCAAAGCUGCUAAAGCUGCAGAAGAUGAAAAGAGAACAGCGGAGACUGUCAUGAAAGCAUCAACAGAUCUUGAAGGUGUUAAUGUGGAAAAGCAGGACGCUGUACCCCUUGAGGGCGGGAAAGGUGAUAUGACUUCACAAAUGUCAAUUUCGUUAUCAUCAAGUGUCACGACCAAGGAUUUAAAUAAAACAAAGUCCACAGAGCCAACUGUUGAUGUCAGUGAUGAGGCAAACAAGCAAGAGGGCCAGGUCAGUCAUCUAACCGCUAUGCCCCAAAGCUCAAAAAGUGAACCACCUAGAGUCUCCGCUGAUUUUAAAAAGUUACAAUUGGGGAACAGCCAAACGGCAGCAUCUUUAUCUGUCUCUGCAGAGGCUCGUGAGUGUGACUCAGAAGACCCAGAGCUUCACAAAGCUGCCUUGAGUGAGUCUAGCUUGAGUCAACAACCCAUUUUAACAAAAGAAACGCAUGCUAAUCUUCCAUCGCUUGAGCGUGUUACCGAUAAAAGUCUAUCACCGGUUCUCAAGUCUACGUCACAUGAGUCCACAUUAUUUACUCCCAGUAUGGGCGAUUCAGUAUCAUCUUCUGUAUCUACCAUGGUUACUUCUAACAACCAAACUCAAGACUCAUCACAGGUCAAGACCAAGGUGGCAUCUUUUCCUCUGGCAUCACAGUCUAGCAAAGUAGCACAACCAGAUGCAAAAAGCUCUAACUCUGAACACCCGCCAUUCAUUGGUACUCAUCAAAUCACAUCCAGUCCUCAUGACUCUAACAUAAACUCACCUAGCAUGCAGUCCAUAACUUGUACCAAAAUACAGCUGGGGGAGUCGGCCGUUGGCUCCCCACCUAGAGCCAUCCAGUCUACUGAGGAAAAAUCAUCAUCUGCUUUUGAGCCAUCUGGAGAUUCACAGGAAAAUUAUGCAGCUGGUCCAAUUGUAGAUGAAUCUGGAUUGUCACCCAUUGUCGUUCCUUCAUCUCUCAGACAAGACAAAGGUGACAUCCCAAGUCAUCGCCUCAGUUCUUCACCACUCGAAUCCAAUAUAUUCGGUCUUCAAAGUCAUUCUAAAUCUGAUCUAAAAGAAUCCAAUCUUCCACCUACUCUCGAAGACUCAUCUCAAGAGCCAUUAACACAAGCAAAUUGCCCUUCUGAACCUAACCCAGAAGAAUCUUUGGCUCCUGAUGUUACUGAUUUAUGUUCAUCUGUGUUGCAUGGGUCCUCUGACUCCAACUUUUUAACCAAUGGGAAUCCAACUGACAUACACAAAAUUACAAUGCACCCUACCUCUAUUGUCACAUCUGUUUCGGCCGAGCCCAACGUCAAGCUUCACUCUGAUCAAUUUGAAGUCUACACAACAGAAUUAGCUGCGCCUCUUGGUAGCAAUAGUCUGGGCUAUCAAAAUGAUGCCAGCAAAGAUUCGACAUUGCCUAUGCAUUGUGAAAAUAAAACAGAGGACAGAGAAACUACAAGUACAGUUAGCAAGAGUCCCGCACAGCAAUCUGAUUGGAGUGAAAGAAUGAAUGAAGCAGCAGGGCAAAAUAAAUGUUCAGGAGUGACAGCAGAGGAAGGGGUACCAUCAUCACAACAAUCCAAGCAGCCAAAGUCAAGCCAGUCUCGCUAUCACUCAUCAACCGCCGGUGUGCUCUCAAGCAGCAACCUCCGAGACGAUACAAAGCUGCUGUUAGAACAAAUUUCGGCCAGCAGCCAAAGCAGGAACGAGUCUACAAAGGAAGCACCAGUCACUGAUGAUGAGAAAGAAGAUGAGGCUGACAAAAAUGCCAAGAGGGAAAAAGAAAGAGAGAUUGGGUCACUCAGCAGCAACGUGUCAAAGUCGUCUCAGGACCGUGACAAGCUGCUGGAGAAACUCCAAAGCAUGAGGAAGGAGAGGAAAGUUUACAGUCGCUUUGACAUGACUUCUUAACUGGGAUCCAGAGAGAAAGCUAAGAGAAAAGAUUAGAGACUGAAUUACAGCAGAAACCUGACAUGCUGACUAAGACAUUUACAUGAACAGUAACGACCAAUAGGGUAGGAUUUCUAUUUGUCAAUCACUAUCAGUUUAGUCAGUGUAGGAGUGCGUUUGCUGACGGUUGACCGUGCACAUGUACGUGAUAAGAUGUUUUAAUGAGACGAAUGGGUAAAGUGCAAUUUGUUAGAACUGAUAAUUGGAGGUGCCCUACACAGUACGUGACAUUUUACUGCAGUGGUGUCCACAGUACUUACAAUAGAGUUACUGUUUGCCCCAAAUGGAAAACGCUAGAGUUUUGCUGGCUUGUUUAGAAUAGUGAUCGUAAAAUCUGUGGUUUUAUAACACUGGGGUCUUAAAAAUACAUAAUUAUGAUGAAGUAAGACCAUCAAGUUUAUUACCAAUUGGUUGGAUGAAACUAGCUUUCCAAAAUAGAAGUCAAUGAUGUCCUUCUGAGCUAUUUAGUCGUGGUGCAUGUACAGAAUUUGUUGUGAAGUAUCUUCUGCCAUCUGGUGGUUCUGAAGUAUCUUCUGCCAUCUGGUGGUUCUUUAUGUAACUCAAGCCCCCCCCCCCCACACACACACACAUCUACAUUGUUGUUCUCAUAACUUAGGGCAAACCAAAAUGUUACCACAUUGGUGACUUGUUGGAAGUUUGAUGAAAUGCCACAUAAAUGUCUCACUUAUUUCAGCAAGAGUUGAUUAUGUUGCAUAAAUGCCUGUUACUUCUGAACAAGUCAACUCAUGUCUGUCUUGUUUUUCCCCUGAACUCAUAAGGAGGUAUGGGAAAAAUGAGAUAAAAAUUCAGAGACUUCCAAACCUGCUUGCUAUCUUUGAGUGAGUUUAGAAAAUCAAAUUACAUAUAUUUAGAACAGGUAUUUAAUACAAUAAUAUUGAUCGAACGUUGGAAACAAGAGGACCAUAAGUGUGAAAGAAACAGCCACAUCUUAAAGCUGAUGUUAUCUUUGUUAACAAAAUACCGUUUUUAUUAUCUUCCUUUAGUGUUGCUUUUUUGUAAAUGUAUUUAAUCUAAUAAUGAAGGUAUGCAUUAAUGGAGCUCCAUUUUAUAAGAAACCAAUACAAACAAGUUAUAUAAAAAAUAUAAAAUCUGUUCAGCGCGAUGUGAUUAUCAUGCCAACCUUUUUUGUGUGUGUGCGUUGUGAUGGCUCAACAAAUUUGGCACAUUGUUGGUGUAUUUUUGCAGAUUAUAAGUAAUCCAUAUUCCUGUUUUAGCAAUAAAAAUACAUUUUCCUGGAGGGACCUCAAAGCCAUGCCAUGUACAUUGAUGAAGUUCAUGUAGCAGUAAAUGACAAACUGUUGUUUUAUAUUUUGUAAGUUGGAGAAACUGCUUUUGUGCCUUUGUAUUCUUCUGAAAAUGUGCCUCAAUUAUAACAUCUGUAAAAUGAAACAAAGAAAACUAACGAAAUUGAAUUAUAUUUUAGGUACAUUUAAUGGAUGUCUGGUCUUCUAGACAAAGUGCUGAAAAUAAAAUGCUUUCAAAAUGUU